UAUACCUCACGCGUUCUUUUAAAAGCAGACGUCAUCUCAGGGUAAGAAUCACAGCUCUCCAGAAUUUCGACUGACUUUUGUUACAAAUCCAGCUGUAUUUCCAAACUUGUUAAUUUUCUUUAAAGAAGUAUUAUUUUGAAUUAUGUCUGACUUUACAGGAAGAUCUGCAGCUAUAAGUUCUCAGGUUCUAUCCACGUUGUUCGAUCGGGCAGUCUCAGAAGAUCCAAACAUUGUCUUAGAGUCGGAAUUUAUAAGCGAUCUUGCCAAUACUCAGGAGACAUACCAGAACCACACAGGAUUAAACAAUACAAUUGAUAACCGGGAGAAUCCUAGGAAGAACCGCUUGUCAUUGAAUAAAAAAAGAACUGACUCUGAAGCUAUCAGAUCAUCACAGCUGGUGAAUACGGCUCUGACACCAUCCGGUUCUGUUCAGAUAGGAGUACACAGCAUAACCCGUGAUGAAGACGUAAUUCUCAUCUCGUCUGAAUCGGAAGACGAACCUGUGGCAGACCUGCCUUCAGGGCAGAGAUUUGAUUUCAUCUCCGUCACGCCUCCUCCCACACCACGGCAGGCUGCCAGGGCAAGGCCAGACAUCGAACAGAGAGCAGAACCUGAACCUGAACCAGAACCUGAAGCGGAUCCGGAGCUAGAACCUGAAGCGGAACCGGAACCAGAUCCUGAAGCGGAACCAGAAGCGCUACCUGAGAGGCCUACUAAUUCUCUCCAGCCAUCUUCCGGACUCAGGGGCUGGGAGAGGAAGAGGAGAGCACAUAAUCUCCAAUUCAGAACCGUUUUAUUAGAUGGAAUGAUUACAGAAUCUUUCAUGCUGCUGGACAGACCUCCUACGGACAGAGGACGACGACGACGACAAGCUCUGGCUCGCAACCGAGAACAAGUUAAAAUCCUGCUACAAGCCAGCAGAACAGUGUUGCAUAAUCUUUCCUCCGAUGCAAAGGUGAUUGUGAAAUGAAUCAUGUAUGAUUUGUCUCUUAUAACUCAGUA